CUGAAACCUGCUUGGUCAAGGACGCUCCCAGUCCCACUCUCCAAAAGGCAUGUCUUCCUAUCGGCUCUCCAGCAGCACAGCCUCUUACAGGAGGUCAUAUGGAGGUUCAUCCUUAUCCCCCAUCUCUCGGCUGUCCAACUCCGGGAGGCUGCUGGCUUCGCCCGCCUCCCUGUCCGCUCCAAGGAGCACCAGUUACCGGCACCGGUCCAGCACCCCUGCGGCGGCCAGGCUCUCUUACGAGAAGGUGGAUUUCUCGGUGGCCGACGCCCUGAACCAGGAGUUUUUGACCACUCGCACCAACGAGAAGGUGGAGUUGCAGGAGCUCAACGACCGCUUCGCCAACUUCAUCGACAGGGUGAGGUUCCUGGAGCAGCAGAACGCCGUGCUGGCGGCGGAGCUCAACCAGCUGAGGUCCAAAGAGCCCAGCAGGGCCGGAGACCUCUACCUGCAGGAGAUCCGGGAGCUGAAGAGGCAGCUGGAGCUGGUGGGGAAGGACAGAGACCGGAUCCAGGUGGAGAAGGACAACUUAGCUGAAGAUCUGCAGAACUUAAGGCAAAGGUUGGAAGAGGAAGCCCAGAAGAGGGAUGAUGCCGAAAAUAACCUGGUUCUGUUCAGGAAGGACGUUGACGAUGCGACUUUGGCCAGGCUGGAGCUGGAGAGGAAGGUGGAAUCUUUACUGGAUGAAAUCGAAUUUCUCAAGAAGUUACAUGAUGAGGAACUGCGGGACCUCCAGGUGAACCUGCAGGCCUCUCAGGUGCAGGUCGAGAUGGAAGUGGCCAAGCCGGACCUGACGGCGGCACUGAAGGAGAUCCGCACGCAGUACGAGACCAUCGCCACCAAGAACGUGCAAGAGGCCGAGGAGUGGUACAAAUCCAAGUUUACAGACCUGACGGAUGCUGCGAACCGGAAUAACGAGACCCUGAGGCAGACCAAGCAAGACCUGAAUGAGUCACGGCGCCAGAUCCAGGCCCUGACCUGCGACCUGGAUGCCCUGAGAGGAACCAAUGAGUCUCUGUUGCGUCAGCUCCGCGAGAUGGAGGAGCAGUUCUCCGCUGAGUCUGCCGGUUACCAGGACACCAUCAGUCGGCUGGAGCAGGAGAUCCACCACAUGAAGGAUGAGAUGGCGAGACACCUGAGAGAGUAUCAGGAUCUGCUCAAUGUCAAGAUGGCCCUGGACAUUGAAAUUGCCACUUACAGGAAGCUACUGGAAGGGGAGGAGAGCAGUAAGACGUUUGCAAGAGUUUUUCAACCAGUUUCCGUGGAAGGUGUGGUGGUGGAAACAGCAGGAACUCAAGGAUUGCAGUCCCGGUCCAAUCCUUUGCCUCGCUCAGCUUUCGAGACUAUGAUCACAAUCUGCAAGACAUUCAAACCAGGAAGACGGUGUUAAUCAAAACUAUUGAGACCCAGGAUGGAGAGGUGGUUAAUGAAUCCAGAAAGGAGCAGCAGAACGAUCGGGAUCAUUGAAUGGGCACAGCACCAAACAAUAGUUGGAGUAAAAUGGGUGCAGAAGAGAAGACUGAUUUUCCCUUUAGUUUCCUUUUAUUUCUGUCACCCACAGUUUAAAGCUCAGAGCUGUAGAAAUUCCCAGUUAAUCCAUUGUACUUGUUUCAUUGGGCACUCACCCCAGGCAGCAAGGAAACCCAAGGCCUGAGAUGGGAAACAGGCCCUUCAGCCCAUCGAGUUUGUGCUGACCAUCAACCACCCACUUACACCAACCCUUCACCGAUCUGGUUUUAUUCUCCAUCGACUCCACCACAGCUCCCACCCCCCCGCCCCCUGAUUCUACCCCUCACCUACACACUGGGGGCAAUUUACAGCUGCCAGUUAGCCUACCAACCUGCAUGUUUUUGGGAUGUGGGAGGAAGCCCACAGGGUCACGGAGAACGUGCAAGCUCCACACAGACGGUGCCGGAGGUUGGGAUCGAACCGGGGUGUCUGGAGCUGUGAAGCAGCAGCUUGCGGGCUCCUUAUUUAAACCUGUACAACCCUAAAUCUAGACAUUUUCCAAAUGAAAUCCUCAAAAGUGCAUUGCUCCCUCUUGUCUCUGGGUCUCCCAGCAAAGUUACAAAGAGGAGGCUGAAAUUUGGUGUGCAGAAUCCACAGAGCAGUCAUAGGAAAGAACUUUAGGAACAGGCUGUUCAGCCCAUUGAGGCUAUUCUGGCAUUCAGUUCUGUCAUGCCUGACGUCCACUUAACAGCACCCAUCUCCUUCAACCACCUUACAACCAGUUCGAACACUCAGUCACCCCAUUCCCAAAGGCCUUGUGGGGGAAGAGUUCCAGAUGCCCAAUGCACUUUGUUUGAAGUGCUUCUGACGUUGACCUUAAAUAGCCUGUCUUUAACAUCCUUCUGGACUUUCCCACCCCUCCCACACAUACUCCCCAGCAGAAGGAAGCCAGCACUUCAGCUGGGGUUGAAUUUGUAGAAAAGCUGCUUCCUAUCUACCCUAUCAGUCAUUGAGGCCAGCUGAAAUCUGGAAGUUUUUUCUUUGGGGAUUGAAAUCCAAGGACUUUGCUCCCUGGUGACCCAGUGACUGCCAUUUAAUCGGGAGGGUCUCAGUGUCUUCUGGCCAGUGACUGGAGUCAGGACAGGGCACAGUGUAUACAGGAACUCUCCAGAUUUGAGCUGGAUUCUCUUAUAAUUAAUGAAGAUUGCUGAAGCUCCAGGAAUAUUAGAAAGCUUUGGGUUCCCUGUUUCCCUUCAUGUGUUCACUAGCUUCUGUUUCGAAUGGACUCUGUGGCUGAGCGUCCGCGGCCCAUGUGUUCCUCGCCCUUGAAUAUAUUCUGUGACCACCCCUGCACUGGUCUGUGGGGGCAGAGAACUCCGAGGGUUCUUCCCGAAGGGUUUUCCAUUACUGUCUCCGGUCACUGAGGCCUUUCAGCCCUGGCCUUGGCUUCAAAAGCCUGUGGUUUCCAUUGGAGCAAAGUUCUGGGGAUUUGAUCCAGAUGAGUAUUAGUGCUUCAGGAAACUACAGGCCUAUGGUUACCGGUGUAAAAACCAUGUUAUGGAGGUCACUUUCAAUUUUUGUAAAGAAAUAUUCACCAGGACCAAAGUUAGUGUGGCAGGGUGGGAAGGGCAAGGAUGUAUUUUAUCCUGGUGACUUACAAAUCGUGUUUUAGAAUAAUACAGCAGGGAAACAGGCCCUUCAGCCCAUCUGCUCCAUGCUGACCAAGAUGCCCAUCCACGCUAGUCACAUUUGGCCCAUAUCCCUCUAAACCUUUUCUAUCCAUGUACCUGGCUACCUUCCCCCUCUCUGUCCGGAUGAAGGGUCUGGACCCAAAAUGUCGACUGUUUAUUUCCCUCCUCAGAUGCUGCCUGACCCGCUGAGUUCCUCCAGUGUUUUGUGUGUGUUGCUCCAGAUUCCAGCAUUUUGCUGUCUCCUGUGUUAAUCCAUUUACCUGUCCCAGUGUCUUUUAAAAAGUUGUUAUCGUACCUACCACUUCCUCUGGCAGCUCGUUCCAUAUACUCACCACCCUCUGCAAUAAAUGAAAAGUUCCUAGUAAAUCUCUCCCAUCUCACCUUAAACCUGCGGAAAAGGAAACCCCUGCAUUCACCCUAUCUAUCAUCCUCAUGAUUUUGUACACCUCUGUAAGAUCACCUGUCUCCUACACUCCAAGGAAUAAAGACCCAGCCUGUCCAACCUCUCCCUAUAACUCAAGUCCUCAAGUCCUGGCAACAUAGUUAUAAAUUUUUUCUGCACUCCUUCCAGUUUAUGAAUGUUUUCCUCUAUCCAAAGGACCAAAAUUGAACACAAUAUCCAAAAUACGGCCUCGCUGAUUUCUUGUACCACCGCAACAUAACUUCCUGACUGCUGAAGGCCAAUGUGCCAAAAGCUGCCUUCACCACCCUGUCUAUCCGUGGCUUCACUUCCUAUGUGUUGGGGAACCAAAAUGCAGUCAGAAAGGUGCACCAUCCCCUGAGAGAGUGUAACAUUGACCCUCUGUAAGGCAUGCCAGUGCAAUUCAAAUCAACUGAGGGCACAGGUGGUAUCAUUGGCAUGGCUUGGGGUUGGUUCAGAUAGCAAAUGAGAGAUUCGGGACACUCUGCAUGGUUUGGCAGUGUGCUGUGCACCUUUGGCUUCGGUAGGAAUGAUGUCGAGGCUUUGGAAGGGUGCACCGUGAGCUCAACAUGAUGGAACUGUACUGGGAGGCGUCUUGUCAGGCACGAGUCACUCAGAUGCACGUUCACAAGACCGCAUACCUGGAUUUAGACCAAGCAGGGUGGACACACAAUACCAGUCAGAAAUGUGCACAAUUACUGGGAUUCACACUUUGGAAUGCACCCACUGAGAUUUGGACAUAUAGAAUGCUCAUGAGGUUGAACACCAGUGUGGAGGGGAAGAUUUUCACACUGAGACUGCUGAGUUAGUGGUUGAAUUGGAGCCCAUUGAAGAAUUGGUUAUUGGUUUAUUAUUGUCACAUGUACUGAGAUACAGUGACAAACUUUGCUUUGUGUGCCAUCCAUACAGAUCAAUCUAAAUAUAAGUACGUUGAGGUAAUACAAAGGAAAACAAUAACAGAAUGCAGAAUAAAGUGUCACAGUUACAGAGAAAGUGCAGUGCAGGCAGGCAAUAAGGUGCAAGGUCAUAACGAGGUAGAUUGUGAGGUCAAGAGUCCAUCUUUAUCAUGCAAGAGGUCCAUUCAAGUGUCUGAUAACAGAUGAAUAGAAGCUGUCCUUGAGCCUGGUGGUAGGUGCUUUCAGGCUUUUGCAUCUUCUGCCCAAUGGGAGGGGGGAGAAGAGAGAAUGUCCGGGGCUGGGAGGGGUCUUCAAUUAUGUUGACCGCUUUCCCGAGGCAGCGAGAAGUGUAGACGGAGUCCACAGAGGGGAGACUGGUAUGCGUGGUUAAAGUGAAGGGGCAUAUGGGGAUAGGGCACGCAGGUGGGAGUGGUAUAUAGCACAGGCUGCUGGGCUGAAUGGCCUGCUCCUGUGCUGUAAUUCCUUGACUACGGCUCAGAAAUGAAGACCAAUACCCCAGGACCCCCAGGGCAGCUGAGGGAGUACGGGUGGGACUGCGCUGGUGUAAUCCUAAAUGGAUUUGGCCCAGAAGCCCAGACAGAACGGUGGGAGAUAGAGAUGCACUGAUUCAAACAAACACACACUGAAGAUAUAAAGACACGACUCUGGUAGUGCUUGUGGGCCCAAGUUACAAGCGGUGGUGGUCACAAGUGAAUUUCUGAUUUUUUUGUUUAAAAACUUUAAACCCAUUAACCUAUGACCUGUUUAUGACCCCCAGCAGCGCCUCCUCCCCCUUCUCUCUCCCAAAACUUUGCCUUUGUUGGACUUCUGCUCUCCCGUUGUAAACCAUUGGCUCAAAAUACCCCGAAUGCAUCGGUUGCAGAUCAAACCUGCUCAGAACUGUCCGCGUCUGCCGCGGUUGCGAAGCGUUGGAUUGUAAGGUGACAGUUUGUGAAA